AUUGGUUCUAGGCUCUCCCAGCUGUUGUUACUUCAAAGCAUUCUGAAGGCCUGUCCACCAAUCACAGGGCUCCUUAUUGGAAGAAGCUGCGGCUGGAGAUUGCCAGGAGCCCCUAGCAACACUGCGGCUUUCGAAAUCUGAGGGGGGAAAGACUGGGGAGUCAGCGGACAGUGGAAAAGAGCGCCUGUGUCUGAGGAUGAGCGGGCUGUCAGGAUGGAUGGACACCCCACCCUCUGAAGAACACUUAGAUUCACAAAACAAAAAACUGGAAAACCAAGAAGAGGAGAUAGGAUUUAAGGAACUGGACGGUCUGAAGGAAGCCUUGGCAAACCUCCGGGGGCUGUCGGACGAGGAGAAGAGUGAGAAAGCGAGGCUUUGCUCCCGCAUCAACGAGCAGUCCCAGCUCAUCUGCAUCCUGAAGCGGAGGUCAGAUGAGGCUCUGGAGCGCUGUCAGGUCCUGGAGUUGCUCAAUGCAGAGCUGGAGGAGAAGAGGAUGCUGGAGACCGAGAAGCUAAAGGCCAAGAGUGAGCUUGCCCAGAAGCUGGAGGAACGCUUUAUGACCCUGGCAGCCAACCAUGAGUUGAUGAUCCGCUUCAAGGACGAACACAAGAGUCAGAACAUCAAGCUAAGAGAGGAGAAUGAGAAGCUGAGGCUGGAGAACAGCAACCUCUUCAGCCAAGCGCUGAAGGACAAGGAGACUAAAGUCCUGCAGCUCACCGCCCGAAGCAAGGCCCUGGCUGAAGAGCUGCAGACUCUGAAAGAGAGGUGUGCCCAAGAGACCAGCAGGGCACAGGCCCGAGAGAAGGAGCUGCUGGAGCUGCAGAGCCAGCAGGCAAGCGCCCACGCCAAGGAGACAGAGCAGCUGCGCAGCCAGCUGCAGAACCUCAAGCAGCAGCACCAGCAGGCCACAGCGCAGAUGGCAAAGGCCGAGCAGGCCCACAGCAGCCUGAGCCAGGAGCUGCAGGCCAGGCUGCAGGUGGUCACUCGGGAGAAAGAGGAGCUGCUGCAGCUGUCCAUGGAGAGGGGCAAGGUGCUUCAGAGCAAGCAAGCAGAGAUCCGCCAGCUUGAGGAGAAGUUGGAGACUGCAGAUGUGGCCAGGAGACAAGCGCUAGAGCGGUUUGAGCAAGAGGCAGUAGCUGUGGACAGUAACUUAAGAGUCCGGGAACUUCAGCGCAGGGUGGAUGGGAUCCAGAAGGCCUACGAUGAGCUCAGACUACAGUCAGAAGCCUUCAAAAAGCACAGUCUGGAUCUUUUAAGCAAGGAGAGAGAACUCAAUGCCAAACUCCGCCAUCUCUUCCCAUAAGGAAGCUUCUGCUUCCUCUGACCUUCAACGUAGAAUUCAAAUAUUUGUGCCUUAGCAUUAUGGCAAGAGUAAAGAUGGUUUUGCAUUUUUAAAAAAAUAUUUUUAAGCACAAAAGGCACCUCAAAGAAAAGCUAUUUUACUAUUAUAUUGUUGUUGACUUGUAAGGCUAAUACUAAGUUUCACUCAUACCGCUUAGAAUACAUGUCAUUUACCAGAUUGCGUUCUGUGCCUUUGAAAUGUGUGCUAUCAGUAUCCCUACCUCUCCUAUAAUAUACUAUUUAUUCUCAACCCAGAUAUUUUCAUAUAGCCUAUGAUUUUAAAUUAGCAGCUCCUAUAGAUUUAAGUAAAUAUUAAAUGUGCAAUCAGAUGU